GAAACCAGAAGUCACUGAAGAUCCAUUCUGCCAAGCACAAAUAAAUUUCUUGCCAAAGUAUUGAUUUACCUUUUGUUAACAUGGCUCUCAAGAUACUUUUGAGGCCAGUGUUCCUUGCUUACCUUCUGGAUGGAAACUGUUUUUGUUUUUACUUGGGGAGGUGGUGACCUCUGCCCAUGGGCAUGUUCUGAGUGAGUGCGAGAAAGUCUGUGAUUGCCGUGAGCUUCGCAGCAGCCUUCCUCUUCCUGCUGGUUGUGCGCCUUGUAAAUGAAGUGAAUUUCCCAUUGCUACUAAACUGCUUUGGACAGCCGGGUGCAAAAUGGAUUCCGUUCUCCUACGCAUACAGGCGGCCCCUUCGAACUCACUAUGGAUACAUAAAUGUGAGGACACAAGAGCCUUUGCAACUGGACUGCAACCUUUGUGCCAUCGUGUCAAACUCAGGUCAGAUGGUUGGGCAGAAAGUGGGGAACGAGAUAGACCGCUCCUCCUGCAUCUGGAGAAUGAACAACGCCCCCACCAAGGGCUUCGAAGAAGACGUUGGUCGUAUGACAAUGAUUCGAGUUGUGUCCCAUACCAGCGUUCCCCUUUUGCUAAAAAACCCUGACUAUUUUUUCAAGGAAGCAAACACUACCAUUUAUGUAAUAUGGGGCCCUUUCCGCAAUAUGAGGAAAGACGGCAAUGGCAUUGUUUACAACAUGUUGAAAAAGACGGUUGACAUCUAUCCGAAUGCCCAAAUUUACGUGACCACAGAGAAGCGCAUGAGCUACUGUGAUGGCGUUUUCAAGCAGGAGACUGGGAAAGACAGAGUCCAGUCCGGCUCCUAUCUCAGCACGGGGUGGUUUACCUUCAUUCUGGCCAUGGAUGCCUGUUACAGCAUUCACGUCUACGGGAUGAUAAAUGACACCUACUGCAAGACAGAAGGGUAUAGAAAAGUCCCAUACCAUUACUAUGAACAAGGCAGAGAUGAAUGUGAUGAAUAUUUUCUUCAUGAACAUGCCCCAUAUGGGGGGCACAGGUUUAUCACUGAAAAGAAAGUGUUUACUAAAUGGGCCAAGAAACACAGGAUAAUAUUUACACACCCAAACUGGACAGUGUCUUGAUGUUGAUUCUUCUGAUCUUGUCACAACACUUGACAUGAUGAUACUGACACUGUGAUGCUGAUGAUGCUAAAGCUGAUGAUGAUAAAGAUGAUGAUGAUAAUGAUGAUGAUGAAGAUGAUGAUGAUGAUAAAGACAAUGAUGAUCAAGUUCCUGCACAUUCACAGACAUGGAUGGUGACUCUGCCAAUAAUUUGAUCUUGGGGUUCUGUGAAGGGUGGUUGUGCUCACUAUAUUCUCUCUGAAGGUUCAACACUACAUACUGCACUUUAUAAUUUAACUGGAAUUGAAAUGAAGGCCAGUGACCUGACAGCUGUAACCUAAGAAAUGGGAAGAUUAUCCUUCAAGGUGGCCACCCAGAAUUAUUAAACAGUGAGUAACUUCCAAAGUCCAUGGGCAUUAGCCCCAUAAGACAAGGUUAUUGAUUUCAUGGCAUCUUGCAACUGAGCAGCUCCACCAUCUGAAGAAUGGUUGAUUGUCAAACACUGACCCAAAAAAUGAUAUAUGGAUACAAGUAUCUUACCACAGUAACUAGUUAGAGGCAGGAAAGGUAUUUCUUCCUGACAUACCAUCUUCCUACACUAUUUCCUAUAGCUAAAAUCUCAGGCCAAGUACCUAAUUAACAAUGUAGGUAUCACAGACUUCCUGCCCAUCAGGAUUACUUGACUAUCUCAAACACUUAAUUCAAAAUGGGCCAAAUAGCAAAUCUUGAUGAAUUUCCACUUUAACUACUCCAUUAUUACUACCCCAAACAAUAUAACUACACAUGUUAUUAGAAUGAUCUUAUUAAUGUUUAGUUAUUUUUUUUGCAUCCUAGGUAUUUCGGAAGGCCAUUUAGCAUGGAAGAUACCAGUUUCAACACUGUAAUAACACAUACUGUGAAAAUAUCCUAAAACAUACCUGAAAAGGUUUACUAACUCUGCUUCAACAUCCCAAAACACAAAAUUACAUAAUUCUUAACAUCAUGAAGUAUGGAAAGCAAAGCAUAUUUUUACAUCAAUUUGUAUAUUAUCAUACUUCAUAAUGUAAAUUUGUAUAUUCAAAUUUUUAAUGUAUAGGCCCAAGUGUGUCUCUCCACAUAUUACAUUAUCAUUGUCAAGUGCCAAAUGUUAAACAUAGAUAGGAAAUGAUUCCUUGUAUUUGAAUCUGACCAGAGCUUUUGCCUUCUUGGAGUUGAUUUUCCCCACAGUAUAUGUGUCAAUUGUUAUACCAUAAUAACAACAAUAAUAAUGACCUUGGUGUCCAAAGUUCUUUGUCAUUUAGAAUCCUUUUACAUAUGUAUCCCAUGUGAGGCCCCUCAACACCCUGUUGGGCUGUUGCCCUGGUAUUCUGCAAUCUCUUUAGCAAAGGAUAUCUAAGUUGUUAAUUGUUCUGAUAUAUUUGAUUGUUUCCCCUUGCUAAUAUUUGUAUAGAAUAGCAUUGAGGUAGAUUAGAAUGAUUUCAGUGCCAAGUACAAUACAUCAGGAUUAUGCAAAAAGGAUAACUAGGAUGGUCUUGGCCAAAACUAGGACCCCUGGGCACUUAAGUACUUUUGAUUUUCUUUUUUAAAAUGGCUCUAUUUAAGUGGGGAAUAGAUGAAGCAGGGACAAUGGGAGGAAAUAAAAGCAGAGAAAUAGAAUUCCCUGUCCCAACCUGAGAUGCCUCUAUUCUCCAUAUACUCAUUGCUCAGUAAAUAUCAGAGAAUAUUUGCUGAAAGAGUAGCUGAGAGUUAGAAACAUCCUUGCAUAAUGAUUUACGAGACAAAAGCCAGGUGUAAGUAGUUUAUAUUGACAGAAUGUUUUGGAGUCUGGAAGUGAUGAUUCAUUUCACCUCAGGUGCACUUUGCAGGUCUUUAAAAAGUGCCAAAUACCAUGAUCAGUUAUCAUUAAAAUGUGCCAUCUUGGCAAAAGCGUCUUUCCUGCUCUCUUUUGCCAAUUUUGAUAUGCCAAUAUGCACUCCAUCAAAAUUAUCAAGCACCAAUCGCAUCCUUGAAGGGAGUUGUAUUCUUUUGUUGUUUCCUUAAGUAAUUUUUGUUUUAUCAAUGUUAGUUUUUCUAGAGCUAAUGAUGGAUAGAAAUGUCCACUCAAAGAAAAAUAAACAGAUACAAAUGUUAAAAGUAUAAUGCAGACUGUUUCUCUCCCCAUUGUGAUAUAAAAAAUUCACUUUUAAAUAAAAGAGAAUACUUGAUUAAUCAGAAUGCCUGAGACUGAGAUAACCUAAUUUGUUUAGUUUUCUG